UUGAGGGCGAGUCGGGCACGUGACCUCCGCGCGGCCGUUGCGCAGGCGCAGCACCAUCGGCGCAUGCGCUCUGGACGCGACCGUGGCCGAGAGACCCGGGCUGGCAGUAUGGGACCUGGGUUUGAACCCGGCGCAAGGUGCGGACAUCUGGCCCGGAACGUCAGGUCCAUGUUGCUGCUAGCUCGAGGGCCCAAGGCUUGGCCCAGGUUCUCUCUGCUCAAACCCCUGAUCUUCCCUUGGACGCUGGGAAAUAAAACCGUGUGUGAGAGAGUCCAACACUUGUCAGUACAGGGUCCUGCAGAGACUGGCAAGCAGGGCCUUCCCCGAGGCCCUAGGCUGCGAACUAGGCUCCUGAUCACUGCCCUGUUUGGGGCAGGGCUGGGUGGGGCCUGGCUGGCUGCUAGGGCUGACAAGGAGCGGCAGCGGCAGCGACGUCGGACAGAGGCCCUGCGCCAGGCUGCUGUGGGCCAGGGUGACUUCAGUUUGCUCGACCACCAUGGCCAGACCCGCUGCAAGGCCGACUUCCGGGGUCAGUGGGUGCUGAUGUACUUCGGCUUUACACACUGCCCCGACAUCUGCCCCGACGAGCUGGAGAAGCUGGUGCAGGUGGUACAACAGCUAGAAGCUCAGCCUGGCCUGCACCCUGUACAGCCUGUCUUUGUCACCGUGGAUCCUGCACGGGAUGAUGUAGCAGCAAUGGCCCGGUACGUGCGCGACUUCCACCCCAGGCUGCUGGGCCUGACAGGUUCUGCUGAACAGGUGGCCCAGGCCAGCCGCAGCUACCGUGUGUACUACAGUGCCGGCCCCAAGGAUGAGGACCAGGACUACAUCGUGGACCACUCCAUUGCCAUCUACUUGCUCAAUCCUGAUGGCCUCUUCACCGACUACUAUGGUCGGGGAAGGUCAGCAGAGCAGAUCGCAGACAGUGUGCGGCAGCACAUGGCUGCCUUCCAAAGCAUCCUGACCUGAACCACUGCAGCCUGGACCCUAUCAUUAAACAGGAAGUACUUGCGUACUAAA